GACUCUCAGUUGACACAAUGGCUUCUUCCACCAUGCUCAGGACACCUUUCAGACGGGUUUUCACGCUAAGGAGGUACUGUACCCCCGUAGUCACUCCUGGAACGUCUUCGGGUGUGAGUGAAACAUCCGCGGAAGCUCAGAAUGAUAAAUUAGGAGGAUUUGCUAAGGCGUUUGAGAGGUAUACAAAGGAAUCACCCGACGAGGAUUCCCAGGCCGAUUCUGCGCCCAAGACAUUCGUGUCGCUCCUGAGGAACGGCAGGAUUAUGCAGCUUGGUGAUCCUCAAGGGAAGGUUGUUGAUGGAACAAUAUUCCAUGUUGUAGAAAAUGAUCUUUAUAUCGAUUUUGGAGGCAAAUUCCACUGUGUUUGCCCUCGACCACAAAGGAAUGGAGAAGACUAUGUGAGGGGAGCAAGAGUAAGACUUCGCCUGCAGGACUUGGAGCUAUCUACACGAUUCUUGGGGUCAUCAAGAGAUUUAACACUGUUAGAGGCAGAUGCCAUUUUACUUGGUCUUAUUAGAUCACCAAGAAAUGUAAAAACUUAGGCAGUUAUUUAAUUAUUAUAACUUUUUUUUUUCAUAUAACAAAAUUAGUACGAAUUGUUUAUAUAAAGAAAAAAAAAUUGUGAAUAAAUAUGUAUAUAUUGAAUUUUUGAA